UAGGAGAUCCGUUUAGCUAAUAAAUUGCGUUAAAUAUGGGGUGUGUGUCUUACAAUGGCAAUGAUUCUGCUAGGGUUGUGGGACUUGAAUAUGGGAAUGCAAGAGAGGCGGCUAAAUAUAUGAUGGAUAGAGUUGGAGAUGCUACCUCAAGGACCACGGAUACAAUUAAUUCUGCCGCCUUUGAAGCAUCAAACUAUGCUGCCAACAAAGCUAGGGAUGAAGCAAACGUGGCUUACGAGGAGUUCGGUGAUGUAUUUGAUAAUGCUAACCAGAAGCUUAACAUGGCUGCUUAUGUGGCUUCAGAUCAGGUUGAUAAUGCUACAGAGACAAUGGCAGGAGCAAUGGCCUAUGGGAAAGACAAAGCAGCCGAUGCCUAUGACAAAGCUUGGCAGAAGAUAAGAAUGGCUUCGAAUAAGGCCUAUGAUGCCAAAGAGAAAAUUGCAGAUGCCAUGGAUGGAAGAGAUAAAGCAGCUAAUACCUCUGAUCAAGCCACACAGAAGUUUGAGAUGGCUUCAAAUGUGGCUUCUGAUAAAGCUUAUGAUGCCAAAGAAACAAUGAAAGGAGCUAUGCAAUAUGUAAGAGAUAAAGCAGUCGAUGCUUAUUAUGAUGGCAGUCAAAAAAUGAAUACAGCUUCCAAUGAUGUCUAUGAUGUCAAAGACAAUAUGGCUGGAGCAGUAAAUUUUGGAAGUGACAAAGCAUCAAAUGCCUAUGAUGAAGCUAAAGAGAUGGCAGCAGGAUUAAUGGGGUAUGGAAGAGAUAGAGUUUCCAAUGCCUAUGAUGAAGCUAAGCAUAAGGUAGGAGAAACAUAUGCAUCAGCCAAGGAGACCAUGAAUGAAGAGGCUAAGGCUAAGUAUGAGGCUGCCAAAGAGAAGGCUUCCCAGGCUGUGGGUGAUCUUGGAGCUAAGAUGAGAGGGAAUACUGCAGAGCUUUGAGUGGAGCUACCUUUCUACUUGCUGACUUUGUGAAGCUAUCUGUGAGUUACUGUUAUUAUUUCUUUUCUGUUCUUGAAACAUACUCUCUGGUAUUUUUGGUCUUUUACUGGUAUUUGAGGAAUGUUAUUCCUUUCCUUUUAUUUCCUCUUAUCUUAUCUAGAAAUAUAUGCACAUGAAG